UAUUUUCCUCAUAGAGUGAGAAGAGAGCAAAGGGUAACAGUAAUAAGCUACAACUGAAGAAGAAGAGGUAGCUUCUGAGAUCUAUAAUCUCAAUCUCCGAUAGUCUCCUCUUCUCCUUCAUUUCCCCCCUUUUCGCAGCCAUGUUUUCCGCUAGCAAAAUCAAAGCGGUUGAUUUUUACAGAAAAAUCCCUAGAGAUUUGACUGAGGCGUCGUUGUCGGGAGCGGGGUUAUCCAUUGUGGCAGCUCUCUCCAUGAUGUUUUUGUUUGGAAUGGAACUUAAUAAUUAUUUUGCUGUCAGCACUACUACAUCUGUGAUUGUUGACAAAAGUUCUGAUGGUGACUUUUUACGUAUAGAUUUCAAUAUGAGUUUUCCUGCUCUCUCUUGUGAGUUUGCAUCGGUCGAUUUGAAUGACGUGCUGGGAACAAACAGGCUCAAUAUAACAAAAACAAUUCGUAAGUUUUCUAUAGAUUCAAAUUUAAGACCCACUGGCUCCGAGUUUCAUUCGGGAACGAUUGCAAAUGCUGUUAAGCAUGAUGAUGAAGUAGAUGAAGAAUUUGUUGAAGGAGCUUUGCCACUCACGUCACAUAGCUUUGAUAAAUUUAUUCAGCAGUUUCCAAUUACAGUUGUAAAUUUUUAUGCACCUUGGUGUUCCUGGUGCCAACGUUUGAAACCUUCAUGGGAGAAGGCAGCUAAAAUAAUGAGAGAGAGAUAUGAUCCAGAAAUGGAUGGACGUAUUCUGUUGGCAAAGGUAGAUUGCACUAAAGAAAGUGAUUUAUGCAGGAGGCAUCACAUACAAGGGUAUCCGUCUAUUCGCAUCUUUCGGAAAGGAAGUGAUGUCAGAAGUGACCAUGGACAUCAUGAACAUGAGUCCUAUUAUGGAGAUCGUGAUACAGAAAGCCUAGUCAAGACAAUGGAGAGUUUAGUGGCAUCUCUUCCAACAGGAUCUCAACAUCUAGCUUUGGAGGAUAAAUCCAAUGGAACUGAAAAUGUAAAAAGACCCGCACCAUCAACCGGUGGAUGUAGAAUUGAGGGAUAUGUACGUGUGAAAAAGGUUCCAGGAAGCUUGGUUAUCUCAGCUAGAUCAGAUGCACAUUCAUUUGAUGCUUCUCAAAUGAACAUGUCACAUGUCGUAGACCAUCUGACUUUUGGAAAAAAAGUGAUGCCUAGAGCCUUGAGUGACGUGAAGCAUUGGAUACCAUACAUAGGAAGAAACCAUGACAGGCUUAAUGGACGGUCAUUUAUCAACACUCGUGAUUUCGAAGGAAAUGUUACUGUAAGUAUAAUAUUUUAUAUAGAAUUUUCUUAUAACUCAGUUCAAGCUUUACUAUUGGAAUUUGUAUGGUUGAUAUAGAAUGUUGAAUUGCAUAUUUUGACGGGACAAGGUAUGUCGAUUACCAUUUGCAAGAUUAAGAUGCUACCUAUAGCAUAGAUGUCCAGGGCCUGAAGUUUUUUCUUCUCUUUUUUCUCUCCUUUCUUUUAUUCUAUAAUGCCUUACUGUUCUUGUACCACUCAAACCAUCAUAAAUAGGUUGGGCCUUUUCUGUCUUUCUCUUUAAGUUUGUCUAGCCAGAGAACAAUAUCAACCUGUUUGUUUAAGAUUACUAAGGCUUUGUUUGCGAGUUUGGAGGGGAAGGGAGGGGAGGGUUUUGGAAAAUAGAAAGAAUUGAGUGAAAAGAUUAAAAAGAUUUUGGGUAGGAGGGUUUUGGAGGGUUUGAUUUUAUUCAUAACACCAAAAACCCCAUGAAAUGGAGGAACUCAAAAAUUGUUUUGAAGGAAGGUUUUGAAGGGUUUUGGGGG